GUCCACCCAUCUUCAAAAUCUUACCACACACUUGAGAAACAGGCUUAUUUCGUUAAAGCAUAUCCAGUCGAACCUUCUUAAGACCCAAAGUCACUAUGUCUUCCACCAAAAGACAAGCAGAAAGCCCUGAUCUGGAGAAGGAACAAGCCGGUCUUGAAGAGUGCAUCAAGGUGAAUAAGAAAAGGCUCAAGGCACAAGGGUCGUUCAACGCAAAGUUUUGGACACAAUCUGAGUACAUGGCAAACCUCGUACUACAGAAGGCCGAGGUGGAUAGGAAGAUUUCUCUGAGAGACUUUUCUGGACCUGAGGCGGAUUGGCAGCAAACCGAUGCCGCAAAAUCGAUCAUUCAAAGGAUCAAGGCACAGCAUACCGAGACAAAGCUGUACACAAAGUGCAAGGAAGGCCUGGAGGGAGAGGAAGGAAAGCGGUCCUUGAGGGCCUCGUUUAUGAAGCUAUUUACGACAAGUAAAAUGGGACUCGGCAUCAUGAAUACUGGAGCAGGAAACCGUGACUCUCAGAAACAAUCAGCGUUCCGGAAUGAGUUAAUAACGGUGGGAAAUGCAAAGCACGAGACCGAAAAUUGGUUAUGGUGCCCAGUGCUUGGGGACUGGUGUGACGAUCGUGAUAUUGAAGCUGUCCACCUCUUUCCCUACAUGCACGGACAAGAUGUCAUGGAUGCAAUGUUUGGGAAGAGGCGACCUCCACAGUUGUUCUCGGCCAUGAAUGGCCUUCUACUAAAUCGCUGCAUUGAAAGUGUUUUCGACUCAGGAAAGCUGGUCAUUGUCCCCGACCUUGCUGACAGACCAGCCGUAGCAGAUAUUCUUGCCUGGAUACAAGGAGAAACCAGAGAGUACAAAGUCAAGGUCAUUGAUCUGUCUUGGGACAGACUUGAUCGUCCAAUCCACUGCUAUACUGAAAAGACUUGGAGAGAACUGGAUGGUAAAAGGCUGCUUUUCCGAACAAGCUUCCGCCCAGCAUCACGAUAUUUAUAUUUUCAUUACUGUAUCCAGGUUUUGAGAAGAGCCUGGGGACAUAAUAUAGGAGGAGGAGCUCUGUCCACACUCAAGGACGAGAUCGGAAAGCCCUUCUGGGGCACCCCGGGAAGAUAUCUUCCUAAAAAUAUGUUAUUGGCACUAGUGGAGGAACUAGGCCAUGACUAUAAAGAGCUGUUGGCAGGGGCAGCCCCCAACAAGGGAGACAAUGAUCUGCUCUUAGUAGUUGCCUCGUCCCAGGUGAAAUGCAGACCAGCCCUUAGAACCGAUACGUUUGACUCCGAAGAGGAUGAAGAAAGCGAUGAAGAAAGCGAUGAAGAAAGCGAUGUUGAGUGAGUCCCUGCAAUAUUGCUAAGCUUUGUUCAAGCCACAAUGGUAAAUUGCUUAUGUUUGCAUCAAUUAUUGAUAUUGCUUGUAUUGAGAGUCCGGUUUCUUUAGUAUUAAGAAUGAUAUGACUUGUACCGGUUCAAAGUAUCUUAGCAGAGGGUAAUAUUAGUUAC